GAGGGGGAAGGGCGCGGUGGCAGGCAUGGGGAUUAACAGCGCGGCGGCCGGCGGAAGUGGAGGUGGUGAACGGUCACAUGGGUCGUCGUCAGCGGCUGCGGGGAUGGGGGUCGGCGCGGUGAGGAUGAAGAAGGCGGCGGGGGGAGGAGGGGCGAAGGCGCGGCGGAAGGUGCGGGAGCCGAGGUUCUGCUUCAAGACCAUGAGCGACGUCGACGUGCUUGACGACGGCUACAAGUGGCGCAAGUACGGCCAGAAGGUCGUCAAGAACACGCAGCACCCACGGAGCUACUACCGGUGCACGCAGGACAAGUGCCGGGUGAAGAAGCGGGUGGAGCGGCUGGCGGAGGACCCGCGCAUGGUGAUCACCACCUACGAGGGGCGGCACGUCCACUCCCCCUCCCGCGACGACGACGACGCCGCGCGCGCCAGCGCCGAGAUGAGCUUCAUCUGGUAGCAGCACGCGCUGCACUGCCCAGCCGCGUGCAGCCGGCUAGGGCCAGGCCACCCACCCACGAACGAACGCUCCAUGCAUGUGUGCUUUUACUGUACUGUAGUGCUGUUGUUGUUGUAUAGUCAGGCUGGUCUGGUGAGUACGUACGUACGUACAGUGAUUGUUGGUACCUACGUACAGUGAUUAAGCUGUAGCUAGCGGGAAUAAAGACGUACGUUAUGCCCGACGAGGUUAUCUGCUGGUGUUGGGGCUCUGGUGGUGGCGGCGGCGGCGGGGUGAAGCCUCAGGCUACCUGGGAUCUGGUGAAGAAAACGUGGAAAGGUAGACAUGGCAGCCAGCGUAACUUGCGGUGUCUGUCUUUUGUGUGUGCUUGUAUGUAUACCAUGGUGUAGGUUCCUGGCUUCCUGCUGAAAUCAUUGUCGGAAGAGGUUUUUUUUUCCUA